AGCGGUUAGGGUCAACAUUGUCAAAAUUGUUAGGAAGAUUUAGUUUAUCAAGAAAACAAAAUGACCUCGAAUAUGGAGGUUGAUGGCACCUCUUCGGCGGUGAUGGCCUCUACAGGAACUUCGGGAAGUGUGGCGGUGUCCCUCCACCCCCUGGUUAUCAUGAACAUAUCAGAGCAUUCCACGAGGGUUCGAGCGCAAGAAGGGAAACCCAUGCAAGUGAUAGGAGCCUUGAUAGGAAAACAAAAAGGCAGAAACAUUGAGGUGAUGAAUUCCUUUGAGCUGCUGUUUGACAAAGUGGAGGAAGACAUUAUCAUCAAUAUGGAAUUUUAUCAGAGCAAAGAAGAGCAGUUUAAACAGGUGUUUAGUGAAAUGGAUUUCCUGGGCUGGUACACAACAGGUGAUGCUCCGUCAGAAUCUGACAUCAAAGUUCACAAACAGAUUUGCCAAAUCAAUGAAAGCCCAAUAGUUCUAAAACUGAACUCUCAAGCAAAACAUGCAGAAACGCUUCCCGUAUCCUUGUAUGAAACUGUGAUAGACCUGGUGAAUGGUGAGGCCACCAUGUUGUUUGUAGAAUUGCAGUACACACUGGCCACAGAAGAGGUAGAGAGGAUAGGGAUAGAUCAUGUAGCACGAGUGUCCACGUCAGACACUGGGGAAAGUUCGGCUGUGGCCCAGCACCUACAGGCUCAGCAUAGCUCAGUGAAGAUGUUACACAGUCGUGUGAAGUUAAUCCUGGAGUACAUCAAAGCUGUGGAAGCAGGAGAGUUGCCAAAAAAUCCUGACAUUUUACGAGAAGCUUACAGUUUGUGCUACAGACUACCUGUCCUCAACACAAAUAAGUUUAAAGAGGACUUUUACAAUCAAUGUAACGAUGUCUGUCUCAUGGCUUACUUGGGUACCCCUAACAAAGGGAUGUAAUUCAAUCAACCAGUUUGUAAACAAAUUCAACGUUUUGUACGGGCGGGAAGGAAUGGGCCGGCGAAUGCGAGGCCUAUUCUUCUGAAAAAUAAACAAUAUGAUUGGCUGGAUUCUAUCCCUUCUCUAAGACAGGCUGUAUAAUUGGCUGGCUUCUCUGACAUGUCUGAGGAAGAGAUUGACAGGAGCGGUUUGUACUGUUACAAUCAGUAAAGCUGAAGAAAUAUCUGUAAUAGAUAUUAACGCAAACCACCCGGAUUAUUUGCUGUCUGAAGAAGGUUAUCACACGGAAUUAUUAUUUUCAGAAUGCCACUUAUUUCUUGGUGUUCUCGUUUUGGGAUAUACCAGCUGUCUUGGCAAGGACAUUGAUGUGUUAUUGAAGGUGUAUAUAGUAUAUUUAGCUUAAACUUUAAACAACAUGACCAGAACCCAGGGAUGUCGGCGAGAAACAAUUCAUAAUCUAUUUUAUAUAAAAAAAAAAAGGAUACAACGCCCCAAUCAGCCAGUGUCACAGUAAUAGCGCAAUCUUGUGGUGCUGUCUUGUGUGGUCCUGCGCGAAGUUCGCUGAAGUCCGCUUGCACUUGAUGGUUUCUAGAAAUACACGAGAUCACGGAUUCGCAUUUGGAACGCAACUAAAUCCAUGUGGUGCUUAACCGUUCACUAAGCGGGCCAUGGCUGCGUGAACACGGGCUCAGCCAAUUCCAACUCUUUUCGGCAUGCUGAGCUACUUGAAACUAUAAAACGACACAUUAAACUCGCAGGAAUUUUAAAGUUAAGGUUGCUAUAAUACUGGUAAACACGUGCUAGAGUGACGUCAAUGCAUAGAAGAACCAGCUUUUCACAGUGGACAUCUAAACCGUGGCUAAAUGACUAACAAAAGGAUCAUCCUAGUCUUUAUAACUGCCCCUAUUUUAAUCACUCAGACUAUGAUUACUCCGG